GUGACACUCACUCCAGCGUUCACUUCACUUCAACCUGUUGAUGAGCCAGUGAACUCCAUUCAAGAUUCCAUAUGGAUCCGUUCGAGAGCGAUCUGGAAGAUGCGUCCGAGCAGAUCCUCCAGGGCCGACAACCACCGGCUCUGACGCACAUCCGCUCGCCCCCCUCCACCUCCUCGUCCAAUGCCCAACCGGCGACUGCCACUCAUCCGCCAGGUGGGAACGGGAAUGGCUCUGACGAAGUCGAGGACCCAUUCGGCAUCGAACGUACAGACUCACCUAUCCCUCCAGGAGGAGAGCGGCCUCGAUCUCGGUCCUCUCGGGGAGCUUCGGUGACGGAAGCGGAUGAGGAGGGUUCGGUUGGAUCGCCCUCUGGUAUCUUUGGAGGCGGCAUCUCUCAGCGACCGAGGGACGUGACGCACACCUCGGCUUCGCAACUACUGUCUGGAAACGCAGACGUGGGACCAUCAAGAUAUAGGGACCAGCCACCCUCAAGUAGACAAGGAGCUGUCAAGCUUGCCAGCAUGGGGUCCACCAAGGUGGCUGAUACCGAGCGGUCCCAAGACGAGCGUGACCCCUCCUCGGAAGAGGAAUCGUCCCGGCUACUCGCCACAGUGGAGCAAGGCGACCAUGCUCGCCCACUCUCGUCCCUCUCUUCUCGCACAAGCAAGUCUAAUGCUUCACGCCGCUCAGAGAAGCGGAAAGCAGCCGGAAGCGAGAGCAUAGCAACUCUCAAGGCUCUGGGACGUCGAAUCGUACGCUCAGCACGACAGAAUGAAGAGGAAGACGCUUCCUCACACAGGGCAAGAGGAUCGGACAACGGGCCCAUACGCCUUGAGUCUGCACCUGGAGAAGAAGGAAGCAGUGGAAUCCUCAAGGGGAGGGCUUGGCGGAGGUUGAGCGAGAGGGAGAGGGCGCUGUGGAUGUGGGCGAAUGUGGAAGAUCUAGACGACUUUCUGCGAGAGCUGUAUGCGUACUACACCGGCAAAGGGCUGGUCUGCAUCGUGCUAACUCGCUCCUUGAACCUGCUUACCAUAGCGUUUGUAAUCGGGUUCUCGACGUUUCUUUUUGGCUGCGUUGACUAUACAAGCAUUCGACAUGAUGGUCAACUCAAGGAGGUCAUCAUCGAAGGCUGCGUCUCUCGAUUCUCGACGUGGACGAUCCUGUCACUCAUUGCUUUUGGCGUCGUAUACUCCCUGCAAGUCGUCCGAUUUGCCCUCAGUCUGAGUAGGCUUGGUACGAUGCACCAUUUCUUUCAGCAUCUCCUGGACAUCCCGGAAGCGGACAUACAGACCAUCCCCUGGCAUCAAGUCGUCGCACGGUUGUCGAGUUUAUUGUCUACUCACCCGAUUGCCAGUCUGCCGACCGGCGAGGGAGAGCCUACCCAAAAGAUCGAUGUACACGAAGCUGCAAACCGACUGAUGAGGCAGGACAACUACCUCAUCGCGAUGCUGAACCGCGAUCUUCUUGACCUGGGUCUACCGCUGCCUGCAAUGUUCGGCGUUGGGUCUUCCCCUCCGAUCUUGACGAAGAGCUUGCUCUGGAACCUCAACUUCUGCCUGCUUGGCUUCUUGAUUGAUCAAGAUGGUAACGUCAGGAGGCAAUUUCUCAGCGAUCGGCAUCGGACUGAAUUGAUCGCAGGUCUCAAGCGCCGCUUGAUCUUCAUGGCAGCCGUCAAUGCCAUCUUUGCACCCUUCAUUAUCAUGUACAUCAUGCUAUACUCCUUCUUCCGCUACUUUGAGGAGUAUCACAAGAACCCGGCCUCUCUUGGCUCGCGGCAAUAUACCGAACUCGCUCGCUGGAAGUUUCGAGAAUUCAACGAGCUACCACACCUGUUCCGGAAGAGAUGUCAUGCGUCGUACCCCUAUGCCCAGAGAUACGUGGAGCAGUUUCCGAAGGAGAGAAACGCGAUCCUCGCCCGCUUCAUCUCCUUCGUCGCUGGGUCCUUCGCAGCCGUUCUGGUACUUGCUGCAGUGAUCGAUCCGGAUCUCUUCCUGCACUUUGAGAUCACACCACAGCGCAAUACUCUAUUCUACAUUGGUGUCUUCGGAGCUAUCCUUGCUGGGGCAAGAGCUAUGAUCCCAGACGAGCGAGCCGUUUUUGAACCAGAGGUUUUGCUAGAGGGCGUCAUCUUCUAUACACAUUACUGCCCCGAAGACUGGAAGGGAAGAUUCCAUUCUGCCGAGGUCAACGCAGAAUUCGGGAAGCUUUACAGCCUCAAGAUCGGCAUCUUCGUGAUAGAAGUGCUUUCUGUCCUCGUGACACCGCUGGUACUUUUCUUUUCCCUACCGAAUAACGCCCCAGCCAUCAUCGACUUCUUUAGGGAGUCUACUGUCCACGUUGAAGGUCUAGGCUACGUAUGUAGCUUUGCAGUGUUCGACUUUGCUCGACACGGCAAGACGAAUCCUCCAGACGAGACAAGAGGUGCGCCUGAAGGUCCGGAUCUCCCUCAUCGCGACAAUCGAGAGAACAAGAUGGAGCAGUCAGCCUUGCACUUCGCGGCUGCCAAUGAUUGGCAACCCGAUCCGGCUUCAAGCUUAUAUCUAUCUCGACUCCAAACACAAUUUUGGCAGACGAACCAGCGAGGGGCCUCGAAUCCAAUGCAGUCAGGCCAACAGCAUGUACCAACAAACGCCAGGGCCAUUCUCGCUGGCUUCGCUUCAUCCACAACAGAGUCUAUGCUAGCACAUCGGUCGCAGAUGUACGAAGAUGCCUUCGAGCGAUCUAUGUCUAGAGGUGAGAGGACAGCAAAGAGGGACCAAAGUCCGCGUCUCAACAAGGCGUCUACCGGGCCAAAAAUAUCAAAUCAUAAAACCGGCUCCCGCCGGGGCCUGCAGGUCGUGCGGGAGGGUGACGAUGACAGCAGCGUCCUGUCUAGCGUUGGAGACUUUGCAGACCCAGUGGCCGAUAUGCGGCAGGAACAGGAACGGAGGCGGCUUAGGGCCGAUGACGGAGCGCUCCCACGUUCCUUGCGGCAGCAUCUAGACUCCGUCUUAUGACCGCGCCAGUGAUCGAAAGUCAGACUUGUGAGAUGUUACGGCCCGAAUGGUAUGUGGUCUCUGUGGAAGUGCGUCGAUGCUAGUGCAAUAGUAAUGCCACGGCACAAAGUCCGAAGGUUCCUCCCUCAGCUAUGUCUCUGUUGAAACGGGCCGAGUCACGGCGUCAAUGGCGAAUGUGCCAACAACUACAUGCUCACCUGGAGGCCGGGUUAUCUGGCGAUACGGCCGAC